UCCAGCUCUAUAUAUAUAUAUAUAUAAGAGAGAGUCUUGUGAAUCACUGGCUCAAUAAUAUGGAUAGCUUGCUUUGUGAUGAGGUAUGGCUUUCUAGUCCUGAAACUCCCGAUUACCACAAUCAACCACGGUGGUAUAGCCAUGAAGAGACCUACGCAGCUGCUUCCUCAUUCUACACAACCAUAGAAGACUGUGAGAAGACCGUCUCUAUAUACCUGGAGAAGGAGUUCACUUGCAUGCCUGAACCCGGAUACGUAGAACAUCUUCGGACCAAAAAUUUGUUGUUUGCUAGGUUCAGAGCCAUUCAGUGGCUCAUCAAGUCUCGUCAAAGGCUCAGUCUCUCUUUUGAAACUGUUUUCAACGCUGCCAAUUACCUUGACCGAUUCAUGUCGAUGAAUCAAUGCCAUGGAUGGAAAUGUUGGAUGGUUGAAUUGCUGUGCGUGGCAUGCUUAUCAGUUGCAUCCAAAUUUACUGAGACACGUACUCCUUGCUUGCAUGAUAUUCAGGUGAUUACUGUUACAUUAAUUACUGUUGGCCUUUCUUGAUUAUUAUGCUUAAAUUACUAGCCACUAGCUAUUUAUGCAUCGAUCUAUUCUU